AUGAGCAGUGUCUUGUGAUAUAUUCCAAAAUGGCGUCCACACACAAUGGCCGAGGCUACCUGCGCUCGGGCCGCUCGCCGCCGUUCCUGGUUGUUUCCUUGCUCGUGGUGAUCUGUAUCCUCGCCUACAACUACUGGAACUCAGCCAGCUCCAACAGCGAGCUCAGGAACUCGGUCAACGACUUAGAGGACAGACUGAGGCUUUAUAAUCUGAAGAAAACCAGCCUGGAAAAACGGAACGAAGCGCUGAUACAGAGGGUCCGGGAGACGGACAGACAACUCGAGGAUAGCAAGGCCAAAUAUUCUUCUAAAGACACGGAGCUGGGGGCAAUACGGGGGCAGCUGCAGGAAGCAGAGGACCAACUGGACAGCGUCAGGCAAGAGAAGGGAACCAUUGAGGCUGAGGCUUCAGGAGCCAGAAAAGAGCUGGAGAGUUUACAAGCCCGCUUCCAGGAGUUACAAGGGCAGCAUAAUGCAUUGGCAGAAGAGAUGCAACAACAACAGCAGGACAAUGACAGAAAAGUACAGGAAAAACUGGAGUUCACCAGCAUGCAGUGCAAGCAGCAGAUGGAGGCUGCCAAUGCGGAGUGUGACGGGAAGUUACGCGAGGUUGCAGACAGGUACAGCCAGCUGCAGGCUCUGUACUCCGCAGCACAGCAGCAGGCACCGCAGCUAGCUGCAGGAGCUGCAGUUCCCAACCAAGAUCCACAGGAGGCGCAGCUGCACCAAGGGGUUGUUCAGAUGAACCAGCAGCUGCCGAACCUGGCUGCUAACAUCCGGACCGCUUGGGAAAGUCUCCACAGGAACAUGACGGCACUCCUCAUCACUGAGCAGGAAAACACGUCAGCUACAACGAACAUGACACAGUCAGGCGGGCAUUGGAACAACUCAGCUGCACAGGAACAACCAAUCAUCACGGGCCUGACAUGGGCCCAGGAAUCCUGGAACCACAGCGAAUUGUAUUCCGUGCAAAAUGUGACAGGGCAGUUCGACAAGCCCCAGGCUGUACACGGGGUGCAGCAGCAGCUGGCAGACCAGCAGCAGCAGCUAGGGGGUGUAGCUGCAGCAGCACAGGGCCAGGAGGGCGGCGUGGAGGGGGUGGGGAACAUCCAGCCGCCUGGAGCCGGGGAAAUGGACCACGGACAUGAAGGUGAAGCCGCUGAGGCUGGGGAGGAAGGACAGCAGGAAGGAGAGAAUGAGCAGGUGGAUGAUUACGCUGUAGAUGCAGAUGCAGAUGAUGAUGAUGAUGAUGAUAAUGGAGACGUAAAUCGUGCUGAGGAUUACGUAUACGGUGAUGGGGAGGAACCACAGGAGGAGGCUAAGGACACCAUGUUCCAGGAGGGGGGUGAUGCUGGGGAGAGGGCAGAGGAGGGGGGUCCAGCGCAGGAGCAGGGGGAGCACCUGGAGGGGGGUCAUGCUGGGGAGGAGGGGGUUCUAGGAGAACACGGAGAAGACGAGCUGGUACAGGAGGAACACAUGGAGGGGGGGCACGCUGGUGAGGACAAUGAAGAGGAGCUACAGGAAGGUGACCGUGGGGAUGGUGAUGCAGUAGAGUACAAUGAGGAUGAUGAAGGUGCGGAUGACGACCACAUCGGCAACAACGAGAUUCCUGAUGAUGAGAAGGCUGCCGAGGAGCAGAACCAGCAGAUCAUCAAGGAGGAGAACGAAGGCGUGCAGGAAUAUUACCAUGACAACCAGAUUGUGCCUCACCUGGCCGAGGCUGACAGAGACCUGGACAUGCAGGGGGGUGAUGGUGAGCACGGUGAUGGCACCAACCUGUCGGCAGGGGAGGGGGAUUAUUCUUCUAACCACGGUGGGGAGGGGGACAAGGAACGGGGAGGAGGGGGUGACGGUAUUUUUUAUGAUAAUGGCGGGAGAGCUGUAGAAGCAGAUGUGGAGGAUGAUGAGGGUUACCGCUUAGGAAAAGAUGAGGAAAAUGGGGAUGCAGAUUAUAAUGAUGAAGAGGAAGAAUCAGAGGAUGAGGAUGAUUACAAGGAUGAUGAGGGUGAGCGGGGUCAGGUACGGCUAGUGGGUGAUGAUGCUGACUAUGACGAGCUGGCCAAGGAUUAUCUUGGCGACGAUGACGAUGCUGUAGAUAGGGCAGUGAAUGCUGGGAUAGAUGAUGAUUAUGGGGAUGAUGGUGGUGGUAACCAUGGUGAUGGUGUAUUGACAGGUGAUGGUGAUGAGGGGGAUGAAGGUGACGAGAUGGGUGAUGACUUAGGUGAGGGUGAUGAUGAGGAUGACAAUGACGAGGAAGAUGAAGAUGGUGAUGAUGAUGAGCCAGAGGACCAGGAGACAGGAGAUGUACAGAUGCAUGAUGCAGGCAUGCCUGGGGUGGAGGAAGGACUUCCACAGGUGGCCGCACCCAUGUGAUUCAUCAUCAUGGAAACCUGUUGUCAUGGACACCAACCCACAGCAAUCAACAACAGUAUGGCAACAGCAUUCGCAAUAAGUUACAAACUGGUUAAGAUUGUUUUACAUACCUGGUAGUGAAAUCUUUGUGAGGACCAACUGCAGGUACAUACACUUAACCCUCAAAGUGUUAGGAUCAAUUGAUCCAUCAACCCUACUCAUCUGGCUUCCAAUACACAUGCAGACUUACUCAACACUUUUAGGGUUAAUGUGCUGCAAGUUGGGCCAUGUCAUUUGGGCACAUGUACUUGCUUUCAAAGAAAAUGCUCCAAUGUGUAUCUGUAAACAGAAAGUUACUGUAUUUAACACUUGGAGUCCUAGGUUUCAUUAGAUUUCCAUUUUUCUUUCUUUUUUAAGUUUGUUGCACACAGUGCUGCUAUACAGCUGCCAUCCUCAGAAGUUUUGGUGAUUUCUGUUUUGGUUGUAAUGUAGACUCGGUGAGAGGUUAGUGUUUUGUGUCUGCCAUUCUCAUUCCCAGCUGCCUUAACUUCACCCUUACACUGCUGGUUACUGAUUCGGUGCACAGAAGCACCCACAAAGUGUAAAGGGUUAAACAUACUACAUUGUACUGAACAGCUUUAGUUUGUAACCGUCAGGUCUAGGUGGCUAGAGAUUUGCCUUUAAAGUUUUAUUCUCCAUUCUUCAAAUCAUGUCAAAAGGUGUGAAAUUAUGUUGGGUACUGUAUGUACUGCAUUCAAUGGUUUGUUGUCCAUCCAUAUCCAAAAUGCAUUGGUUACAGGUGGAACUUUUUAAGUAUGAGCAGUCUUUGGGAGCCCUCUUUGCGGUACAUUAGAGAGAUGAAUUUCUUUAAAUACCUUCAUGGAAAAGUCCUCAAGAACUAAGAAAAAGUUGUAUUGUGAGAUGGAGAACACCUAAAAUGAAAGUAGCAAGGAUGGAAAUUACUUAGUAUCAGAAACUCAUGUAUGUUACAAUAAGUUGAAAUCAGUUAUUCAAGGAAAUAGUGAUAGUGUCAGCAGUACUACCACCUGAUAUUGUAUGUCUAUUGCAUAAUAUUACUAUCAAUAGUCUCUUCUGCAUUGACUGUGAGGUGGAAGACUUACUUCAUUAUAUUUUACUACAAAGCUUGAAGGGCUACAAUUUUGUUGGAACAUUUUGUUGUAAAUUUCUUACAUUUUAUUUUUAUGCUUUUGCAGUACUUCCUGUCAGAUGUAACACUUUUUCUUCAGUGUGCUUUUUCUUUGCUUACAGUUUCAUUCAUGACAGAAAAAUAUUAGCACAGUAGACAGGCCAGACCAAUGUAGUUCCUUGUUUCCUGGACCUGUGACUGGUUAUACAUGUAUCACAAGUGCACAGAAUAAUUUGAGUGUUGUAUGCAUCCCUGAAAUCUUUUGCCACCAGGUUCACUCAUAAAGCCUUGUUUUGCCAGGACCUGGAAAUAACAAACUGGUUGGUUUGACCUGUUGAGAGGUUGUAUAUGGUGAGGCUUUAAAAGCCUGAGGAUGAGUAUUGUAUAUAGUGUAAUGUUAAUGUAAGACGGUGGUGGGCUUGGUGCUGUGAACAUUUAUACUUCAUGCAGUUGCAAUAUGACCUAUACUGGUAUUUGCCCAGGGUAAGCCUUACUGAAGCUUAAGUCAAGAGUAACCUAUUUUUAAUCACUUAAAGAUACACAAUUUCUGCCAUUGGUAGUUAUUUCCUUGUAUAUUGAAUUGUAGAGUACCACGUUUCUGAGUAAUUUUUUUAAAUGUUAGUAUCAAUACAUAGCUGUGAUGACAGGUGUAAACCUGUGGAAAUGGGAAUUAUGUGGUUUACAAAUUGGAUAACUUGUACACCAUGAUUAUCACAGCUGCAGUCUCUUGUUACACCUGUUAUACAUGUAUGCCAAAAAAACUGGGAGAAAUUUUUAUUGAUGGGUGUUAGGGUUUGACUGUAUCCUUCCACCACAUCACUGUGCAAAUGUAUUUAUUCUCUUGCACAUAAUGUCAUUAGUGUUGACUGUAAAUUCAACCUUCUAUCAGUUAAUGUACACAAAAACAUGUUUCCUGAGAGAUUACAAACUCAAAGUUAUCAAUAAUAUCUCAGAUAUAAACUGUUACGUAGAAUGGUUGUCAAUGUAUACAUGGGUACGAUGAAUUAUGGGUGUUACUUUGUCUUCAAUGCAAAUAAGCAGUAAUGAUACCCUGGUAAAAAGCAGUAUUCAUGUAUUACGCCUUUCUAGUUUUGCUUACAGAGUGAAAAGUAGACACAGACUUGGUAACAUUUUGUGGAUCUUUGGUAAUGCUGCAUAUGCACACUGCCAGCUUUAUAAUAAUAUAGAAUGUGUAUAGCGGGGGUUAAGGUAUAUAUUUUCUAUGCAAAGUUGUAUAUACUAUUGUAUUCGUGAUAGCAGCAUGGCCCAGAGGGGACAACAUUUAAGAUGGGCUGACUGUGGAAUAAAUAAAUGGUCUCUUUUC